CCUUGCACCUACCCCCCACCACGGUAACUGAUCUUACUCUGCAACACCCCCACCCCACAAAAAACUACCCCAACCUAUAAAGCCAAUUCCCACCUUAGCCGCUUCGCCUGUCCUUUCUCAGAUUCCGCCCGCUUGCACCCAAGCAAGAAAUAAAACGGCCUUUUUGCCCACACAAAGCCUGUUUGGAAGAUCUGUUUAUUAAAUGCACUUAAUAUUCGAUACUAUUGGACACGAAUAACACACACGGAAAGCAAUUUCACUGAGUGGGGCUCAUCACUCCAUACAUUAAUCUGCUUACUCUAGCAUCCAAUUUCAUUGGGUUGCUAGGUAUUAAUAUGCCUCGUCUCUUUAAACUACUGACGUACAAAUAAAAGUGACGGUGAGAACCUGGCUCAGGAAAUGCAGUAGCCGGCCGUAUUGCAUCCAAAGGUGAGUGCUCUGUAAUAGGUGUGAUAGUCAGUGUAAGGGGAUGAGCAUGAGUUUGAGUUAUCAGGGACAGGUGUGUUUGGCCAGGAGCCUAUCGUUGAGUAUGGAUGACCCUCCAUGAGCGGUUCUGUGUGGGGGUACACGUGCACAGAUGGCUUUGAAUGACUCCCUUCAGUAUGUAUUAGUGGGUGUAUCAUUUGUUUUCUGGGUAGAGCUCAUGAGCCUGAGCUAGCUGCUGACUGACCCUUUUCUCCACUUGUGCUAUGGUGAGAAAGAGUGUGCCCAGAGAACCUCCUCCCCAGAAAGCCAAACUGGUUAAACUGGCUGCUCCCUGAAUGAAAAUAAUUACUUCUGAUAAUCCCGUAAAAAGGAAGCAAAGAAAAGAAAAAUAAUGAGAAUGGCAGUGAUAACUUUUCUAAUAGCCUCCAUGAGGUCACCCUGCUGAUCCAAUGUUUUCUUUUCCAGACCUUCUUUGUGCACUCUCUCAAGGCUUUGUUUCUUAAAAGUUUCAUCGCUAGUGCCUGUCCUUCCAUGUGGCCUCGAGAAUCGUGGAAACUUUCUCAGCCACCUUUCUCCUUGCCUUUUUGGUAGGAGAAUAGUUAGAUAGCAAAGUCCACAGCAUCUAGUGAACUUUGCUAUCUAACUAUUCAUCGACGUCUUAGAUCCCAUUCUAUGUACAAACCCACAGAUAAGAAUUUCCCUCUUCUGUGCAAUUUUCCACCCACUGGCUCCUUUGCUGUUUACCUGGGCUCUCUCAACCAACCACACACUUUGUGUCUCUUGAGUUGUAAGGGAUUUGUUUAGCUAUUGAACCCACAUACAAGUUCAUGGUGCUCCAGGAACACUGGAAAACCGGUAAGGCAGAAUCUGGGAGGCUUCUUUAUAUAGGUCUUUCAGACACUGAGAGACUCUGCCUCAGUAAAUAACAUUGUGGUUAUUGGUAAUAAAACAACGCAUAAUGCAAUGAUAGAGGACAGCAUCAUGUGGCUAAUUUAACACCUGUACAAUAUAGUAGCAUCUUAUAUAAGCUAUACUUCUGAUUUUUGUUUUAUGUUUUUAUUGUCACUACAAAACUGGAUCACAUAUUUAGAAUUAUUUAGCAGAAAAAUUACCAUAUUUUCUUUCAAGUUAAUCAGAAUUAAAGAAGUAGGCUUUGCUGACUAUAGAGCCGUGAGUGUGUCUUCUCAAGCAAAGGCAAAAUAUACAUUUUGGAGAGGUUUGGAAGAGCAGUAAACAUGAGUCUCUUUGGAAAGAAGGAACCAGGUUUCUGGUGGUAUUAUUUGAAAUAUAUACUGAUUAUGUUACAUACACUUAACAGAGAUACACAUAAAGAAUCCCUUGCCAGAAAAACAAGAAACUAACAACUAGAGUCUACUUGGAGGAGAAUUAACAACUUGAUAAAUGGAGAAGAAUCUGGUGGGAGAAAGAUUUUUAUGCUAUACAAUUUAACCUUUCCAUUUUUUGAAUCACAUGAAUGCAUUUUCUAUUUAUUUAAAGGAGUAAGGGAAAGAGAAGGUGACUUGGUAAUGAUACUCCCUUUAUAUGCUGGUAGGAAUGAGUGUCCAUGUCUAUAUCUGAUAUGAACAGGGCGAGCACCUUGAAGCUCUGAGGGAUGAGGAAUUAAACAGUUUCCAUUGAUAAAUGCUGUCUGUUCAUUGCUUGUGACGGUGCGGAUAUUCCAGAGAAAGAAAGCAAAUGUGUAACUCAUAUCCUUUGACAUCUGUCAACUUUUUAUUCAUUGUCUGAAUUAACUGUGUAUAAAAAUGAAAUUAAAUGUUUUGUUUAGAGCUAGGCAUGGUAGCUCAUGCCUGUAAUUCCAGAGACUCGGGGGGCUGAGGCAGGAGGAUUAGCUGAGCCCAAGAGUUUGAGACUUGAAUGAGUCGUGAUCACACCACUGCACCCAAGCCUGGACUACAGACCAAGAUCCCGACUUCAAAAAACGUUUUGCUUAAAAUGUGUGAUGCCCAGCUAAAAAAAUGUAUUAGACAUGCGUAAGACUGUAGGGGAGGUGGAUCAUACCCACAUAACCCAUGGAUCACAGUUGUUCAGACAGAUGUUGUAAAUCUGUAAUUGAUCAUGGGAGCAGAAGUCUCGGGUGGGAGGAGACACUUCCAAAUAAUUUCAGUAGCAAUCGAAUGAAAGGACGAGACCAGAUCAGAGCUGUCUUUGCUAUAUAACAGAGAAGCGAGAAAUGCUGAGAGGAGGAGGAGGUUGGGAGUGUUCUUCCAGUCUGAAUAUCAGCUAAAUAAAGAGACAUAAAUGGAUGACUCAGAGAGGUAGCCAUUUACUUAACUAGUGAUCUGUAGAGGCAGUUUAAAAUUCUGUGUGUGCUCCAUUUUAUUUUAUUUUUCAAGAGCCAUUCAAUCCUUAGGAACUACUCACGGCUGUGCUCUGUGCAUUCUCUGUGGGCCUAGCAGGGAAGAAGACAUCCCUGUGGCAAUGGGCGAUGAGAGGGUCAUGACACGGAUGCUCCUGGAAUGCAGUCUCAGUGACAAGUUGUGUGUCAUCCAGGAGAAGCAGUAUGAAGUGAUUAUCGUCCCAACUUUCUUGGUUACUAUCUUCCUCAUCCUUCUCGGGGUCAUCCUGUGGCUUUUUAUGAGAGAACAAAGAACUCAACAGCAGCGUCCUGGACCUCGAGACAUUGCCCCUGUCCCUCCAUCUAGGGACCUAAGCUGGGAAGCAGCUGGAUGUGGAGGAAAUGUGGCUUUGCCACUUAAGGAGACAUCUGUGGAAAACUUUCUGGGAGCUACCACACCUGCCUUGGCUAAGCUGGAGGUGCCCCGGGAGCAACUCUCUGAAGUUCUGGAGCAGAUUUGCAAUGGUAGCUGUGGGCCCAUCUUUCGAGCCAGUAUGAACACUGGGGACCCUUCUAAGCCCAAGAGUGUUAUUCUCAAAGCUUUAAAAGAACCAGCUGGGCCCCAUGAGGUACAGGAUUUCUUGGGGCGAGUCCAAUUCCAUCAAUACCUGGGGAAACACAAGAACCUGGUGCAGCUGGAAGGCUGCUGCACCGAAAAGCUGCCACUCUAUAUGGUGAUGGAGGAUGUGGUCCACGGAGACCUGCUCAGCUUUCUCUGGACCUGUCGCCGGGAUGUGAUGACCAUGGAUGGUAUUCUCUAUGAUCUCACAGAAAAACAAGUAUAUCACAUCGGAAAGCAGGUCCUUUUGGCUCUGGAAUUCCUGCAGGAUAAGCACUUGUUCCAUGGGGAUGUGGCAGCCAGGAAUAUCUUGAUCCAAAGUGAUCUCACUGCUAAGCUCUGUGGAUUGGGCCUGGCUUAUGAAGUUUAUACCCGAGGGGCCAUCUCUUCUCAAACCAUACCUCUCAAGUGGCUUGCCCCAGAACGGCUUCUCCUAAGACCUGCUGGCAUCAAAGCAGAUGUAUGGUCUUUUGGGAUCCUGCUCUAUGAGAUGGUGACUCUAGGGGCACCACCGUAUCCUGAAGUCCCUCCUACCAGCAUCCUACAGCAUCUCCAAAGAAGGAAUAUCAUGAAGAGACCCAGUAGCUGCACACAUACCAUGUAUAGUAUUAUGAAGUCCUGCUGGCGCUGGCAUGAGGCUGGCCGCCCCUCACCUAGAGAGCUACGCUUGCGCCUAGAAGCUGCCAUUAGAACUGCAGAUGACAAGACUGUGUUACAAGUACCAGAGUUGGUGGUACCUGAACUGUAUGCAGCUGUGGCCGGCAUCAGAGUGGAGAGCCUCUUCUACAAUUAUAGCAUCCUUUGAAGAGUCCCAGACAAGAAACGUUUAUGCAUGAUUAUAUGUUCUUGGACUCAAUUCAUCUAAGAACAGAAAAUAGUGUUUCCAGGGGACACAGAGGGAGACAUGGAACAUGGAUUCUUCAUCUUCCUUUCCACAUUUCUCUGGAAAUCUGAAAUGACGCUGGAUCAGACUCUACGCACCAUACACCCUGAGCUGAGACACAUUAUCGGUCUCACUUCUGCUGCCUCAGUCCUAGAAACACUGGGUAGAAGUGGUGGACGUGCGCAAAGGAGGUUUUAGAACUCUGCAGUAUUUGUUGGGGCAUGACAUAAAUAAGCUCAUCCCUCCCAUCCUAGGCUAGUUUUCUCUGGAACCACAUUUUAUCUAGAUGAUUACAAGGUCCAGAAAAUUUGGAAUGAAAUGAAGGAAUAGAAAUCCAAUAAAAGAGUUGAAGGGAAAGGAAAUUUAAGGUUCUACUUGCUCAGGAUUACAGAUGUGGACCAACACCUCCUUCAGAGAAAAGGUGGUAGGACACCUGAUCCUUCUUCAGUCCUGAUUCCUACCUAUAGGGUUGCAAGAGAACUAUAAUGGAAAACCUCUGAGUUUCCCCUUAAGUAUAGAUAAAACAAAGAUGGUCCCCUUUUAUCUAAGACACGUAAACUCUGUUAGUAAUUUUUAAUUAGAAGGUGGAGGGGUCAUUUCAUGAUUGAGAACAUUCAACAUGUAUUGUUCAUUGAACUAGCUUCCUAGCUCCGAUUAGACUAAGGAGAUUAAGCCUAGAGAGUCAAUGUUAGAACAGUGAUAAAAAUGCUGUGUGUGCAUGUGUGUGUGCACAGUCAAUAGGGAAUAUAGAAACUAAGCAAGAAGGCUCAGCAGCCCAGUAUUUAACAAGGGCUAGAAAAGACUGUCAUCUUAUAUGGAAGGAUAGUAGCUUCUAAUUUUCAAUCAUCCAUUGAUAUACUGUGAAACUUAUUUUAUUAAAUUAAUAUUUAUUGAAUGGAAAUAUGUUUUUCUGGUUUACAACUGUUAAAAAUCUCUGUCGUGGGGAGGAUAAAAUAAAUGGAAGUUAAUGUCAAUAGAAAAAUGAAAAGGGAUUCUUAAUGUGCAAAUGGGGAUAAUACCUAUCUCACAAGGUUGUUCUGAAUAUUGAGUAUGCAUUUGUACAGUAUCCGGCACAUAUGUGCUCAAUAAAUGUGUUUCUCCUUUU